AUGGCAGAAGCAGUGCUCUUCAGCCUCGCCACCGACAUAAUAGAACUGGCCGGUUCCAAAACCUUUUCGGAGAUCCAACGUGUACGAGGUGCGAGGAAUGAGGUCAACAGUCUUAAGGACACCGUCGAGACCAUCCGAGCCGUGCUUUUGGAUGCUGAGAAGAAACAAUGGGACAGCGAGCAGGUCAAGCUCUGGCUCGUGAGGCUGAAGGACGUGUUGUACGACGCACAGGACUUGCUGGACGAUGUCGCAACAGAAAAUCUAAGGCGGAAGGUCACUCCUGGCAACAAGAUGUGGAAUUCGGUGCGCGUUUUCUUCUCUAAAUCGAAUCAACUUGCACACCGCCUCAAAGUGGCUAAUGAAAUUCAGGAACUUUGGAAGAGGCUGGAUAAGAUUAAGAAAGAUAGGGAGUUCCAUUCAUUUGAGCAUCAGAGAGAGGAAUCAAUGGCCAUUGCGAGAGGAAAGAAAGAAAAUUUAUUACCCGAUGCAAAAAUAAUUGGUAGGGAAGAGGACAAGAAAAAGAUCAAACAACAUUUGUUUGCUUCCUCCCCUAGCCAGAGCGUGUCAUUUGUUGCCAUAGUUGGUAAAGGAGGUCUUGGAAAAACUGCACUCGCACGACUUGUGUACAACGAUGGGGAAGUAAAAGAACAUUUUGAGCCUAAGAUGUGGGUGUGUGUAUCUGAUGUCUUUGAUGUGAAUUUGAUUAUUAAAGAAAUUCUUAAAUCAGCAAACUAUCCAGAUCUUGAGAAUAAGCCUCCAGACCAGUUGCUGAGUCUUCUUCAUGAGACUCUAGGUAGGAAGAAAUACUUGCUUGUUUUGGAUGACUUGUGGAAUACAAAUCGGGAUAAAUGGGUGAUGCUUGGAGAUUGGCUAGAGGAUGGUUUGCAGGGAAGCAAGAUACUUAUAACCACUCGCAAUCACAAAGUUGCAGAGAUCACAAAUACGAAAGCAGUUAUCUAUGAACCACGUGGCUUAUCUGAUGAUAAGUCGUGGGACUUAUUUAGUAAAAUGGCUUUUGGAGAUGGGGUAGAAUCGUUAGACCCAAAACUGGAGGAAAUGGGGCGAGAUAUAGUUAAAAAAUGCAGCGGGGUUCCCCUUGCCAUUAGAACUAUAGGAGGCCUUUUGUACGGCAAAAACAAAGAUGAAUGGCUCCGUUACAAAGUGCAUGAACUUCCAGAAAUACCAGAAAUUGAUGUGGAUGGAGGAAUUAUGCAAGUCCUCAAAUUCAGUUAUGAUCAUCUCCCGUCAUGCUUGAAAAAUUGUUUUGCAUAUUGCUCAUUGUUUCCGAAAGAUUAUGUCUAUGAGAAAGAUACAAUGAUCCAUCUUUGGGUCGCACAAGGCUUUAUUGAGUCAUGCAACAAGGAGGAUAACCUUGAAAAGGUUGCUGACAAUUACUUGUCAGAACUACUAUGUGGGUCAUUCUUUGAUGCUGAAUUAACAGUCAAAUAUGGCGAUGGCUACAGGGUCAAACUAUUCAAGAUGCAUGAUCUCAUGCAUGAUCUUGCCCAAAAAGUUGCCGGAGAUAUUCCUCUCCCUCCUUCCUCCUUAGGAAAGUUGAAGCAAUUAAGAUUUCUUCAUAUUUUUCUGAAUCAAUCCAUCCAGAGUUUACCAGAUUCAAUCACUGAUUUGGUGAACUUGCAAACCCUUAAACUCUCGCUUUGUACGCAGCUUCAAACAUUUCCUAGAGAUUUGAGGAAAUUGUUGCAAACUGCUGCAAAGAUGGUGGUGGGGAAGAAUGCAAGAAAUGGGAGCACAUCAAAAGCAUCGGUCAGACAACUCACGGCCAUUCUUCCCAAAACUUAG